AUGGCGGAGGGCAGCAGCCCCGAGGAGCGCCCCGAGGCGGGCCUGCAGGCCGGGGCCGGGCCGGGGCCCGCAGGUCGGAAUCUGAAGGAGUGGCUGAGGGACCAGUUUUGUGACCACCCUCUGGAGCAGUGUGGGGACACGAGGCUCCAUGACGCAGCCUACGUUGGGGACCUACAGACCCUCAGGCACCUGUUGGAAGAGGAGAGCUACCGGAGCCGUAUCAAUGAGAAGUCUGUCUGGUGCUGCGGCUGGCUCCCUUGCACGCCACUGCGCAUCGCGGCCACCGCUGGCCACGGGAACUGUGUGGAUUUUCUCAUCCGAAAGGGGGCGGAGGUUGACCUGGUGGACGUCAAGGGGCAGACUGCCCUGUAUGUGGCUGUGGUGAAUGAGCACCUGGAGAGUGUUCAGAUCCUCCUGGAAGCUGGCGCAGACCCCAACGGCAGCCGGCACCACCGUAGCACCCCCGUCUAUCAUGCCUCACGCGUGGGCAGGGCUGACAUCCUGAAGGCGCUCAUCAGGUAUGGGGCUGAUGUUGAUGUCAACCACCACCUGACGCCUGAGGUCCAGCCCCCUUUCUCCCGGCGCCUCACCUCCCUGGUGGUGUGCCCCUUGUACAUCAGCGCGGCCUACCACAACCUGCAGUGCUUCAAGCUGCUCCUCCAGGCGGGGGCGAACCCCGACUUCAACUGCAACGGGCCUGUCAACACGCAGGCCUUCUACCGGGGCUCCCCGGCCUGUGUCAUGGAUGCUGUCUUGCGCCACGGCUGUGAGGCGGCCUUUGUGAGCCUGCUGGUGGAAUUUGGAGCCAACCUGAGCCUGGUGAAGUGGGAGUCCCUGGGCCCAGAGUCGAGGGGCCGGAGGAAGGUGGAUCCCGAGGCCCUGCAGGUCUUUAAAGAAGCCCGAAGUGUCCCCAGGUCCCUGCUGGGUCUGUGCCGCGUGGCCGUGAGAUGGGUUCUUGGCAAACGCCGACUCCACCUGAUCCCCUCACUGCCCUUGCCGGACCCCGUGAAGCGGUUUCUGCUGUACGAGUAG